AUGAGCUGCCCAUGUUGUCCCCGCAUUUAUAUUCCGCGAGGUCCACGACUUCGCAUAGUAUUGAUUGGAAAAACUGGAGUGGGAAAAAGUGCUUUGGGAAAUACUAUACUUUGCAGAAAGGUUUUUGAAUCAAGCCCUUCUGCAACCUCUGUCACUGAGCGGUGCAAAAAAGCAAUGGUCUGUAACAAAAGAGAGAUUUAUGUGAUUGACACCCCUGGAAUCUUGGAUACCAGCAAAUCAAAAGAACUCAUCAAAAGAGAAAUAGUGAGAUGUAUACAGGUCUCAGCACCAGGUCCUCAUGCGUUCCUGCUGGUGAUACAAAUUGGCCGUUUCACUGCUGAGGAGCAAAGAUCAGUCCAGGCCCUGCAAGAGCUCUUUGGAGAAGAAGCUUCAAAAUACAUGAUAGUGGUCUUCACUCAUGCAGAUUUACUUGGUAAUCAAACAGUUGAGGAAUAUGUGAAAACCGGCCAUGCAGAACUCCGUAGAGUGAUCCAGAGUUGUGGUAGUAGAUAUGUUGCUUUUGAUAACACUGAAAAGAACAAUCGAGUUCAAGUAAGAAGAUUAAUGGAGAAAAUUGAUGAAAUGGUGGCAGCAAAUGGGGGAGAAUGCUUCACUCAGGACAUGUUUAUAGAAGCGGAAGAAAAGAUUCAGCAACAGAAAGUGGAGAGAGCAGCCGCAGAGCUUCUAGAGUAUCAGUUUAGCUUUCUUGGGAUUCUUGACAACAGAGUUGCUUUGUUCCAACAAGUAUUGAUGGAGGGUCUUUUAGAACAGGCCGCUCUUGAUUAG